AUGACGAGCAGGCCGCAGGUUGGCAUUGAACGGUUACCAGUGCGGCGCAUGAGCAAUGAACCUCGGGAGUCAAUGAAUUGCAAGUCGUGUCGCAAACGGAAGAUAAAAUGUAACCGGCUACGGCCCACCUGCGAAGCGUGCCAGGUCUUCCAAUGUCCCUGUGUAUAUGGUCGGCUUUAUGAUUCUAGCUUCGGUUUCGGCACUAACAUAGCAACAGAUGCGGUCCCAAAGAAACGAGGACCAAAAACAGAUGUACUGGAAGCGUUGUUGAAAAGGGUUGAUGGUUUAGAAAAAAGGUUGAAGGAUGAAAAGUUAUCGAACUCGCCGCAUAAUGAGAAUGGUUCAGGGCCAAACAAAGAUAUUUCCCUUGCGGACUCGAAGCCCGAACGCCCCCAGCUCGACACAACCAAUGUGGCCGACGAGAUUGCUGUAUAUUCGCCAGCUCCCAGCAGUGCAACAUCUCCUGUCGUGCAAACAGAUUCACUCCUCAAUACAUACUUUGCGCGAUGUCACGGCAAAUCAUACUAUAUCCUAGACGAAACGAACACGCGGCAACGAGUACAACAUAACCAAAUUCCCUCAUAUCUUCUUUCCGCCAUAUAUGCUGUUAGUGCGAGGUAUACGCCACACCCAAAUGGCUACCAUGCGGCGGUCAGACUCAGCGAAGACUAUGCCACACGGGCUCGAAGCGAGCUCGACAUCGACGACCCUUCCAUUGACUGUUUGCAAACGCUCUUACUACUAACAAUGGCCUUCACUGCAGCAGGAAAGGGGAAAAAAGCAUACAUGAUGUUAGCAAGCGGUAUUGGUAUGGCGCUGGCGCUCGAAUUGCAUCGAGAGUUGGAUAACAAAAGCCCUUUGACUCCUGUCGAGAAAGAAAUGAGACGACGUUUGUUUUGGACAUGUUACCUUAUGGAUCGCUUCACCGCAUGCGGAUCCAAACGGCCUUCAUUGAUCGCCGAUAGAUCAAUUGUCCUGAAACUUCCUUCGUGGUCACCGAGUCCUUCCUCUCUUGCGGUUGAAGGAGAAUUCUUUCAAAUCGGUUCUAAUCUACAAUAUCAUGGUGCAUCCGGGAAGAAAUGUCAAGGAAGUAGUGGCAUGGUAAUAGACAUUGUUCGCAUUCUCGGAAUCACGAAUCGGUAUCUUGCGGCAGGUGGGGUGAAAGGGGACAGCCAUUUCCCUUGGCAUUCAUUGUCAAAUCUCUCGAAAAUCCGCCAAGAUCUUGACGUCUGGGCAUCUGGGACCCAAGAUGUCUUCUCGUCCGUCGAUACUCUCUUUGGCCAACCUGAUAGCACAACGCUUGUGCUCAGCAAACUCGUAUACCACCUCAUUCAUUGCUUGAUCUACCGACCUUUCCUUCCGAUCGACCUCGCUGAACUAGCUGGCACUGGCCAACAUCAAUCAUGGCAGAUUGAAGCUACCAAUCUCUGCUUUCUGCACGCAAACGCCAUUGCAGAAUUGGUAGAGUUAGGGAAACAAUCGCCAUCGAUGGAAUGGCCCGCUUUCGUUGGCUAUUGUAUUUGUACUGCAGGAACAGUUCACGUUCACGGAACGCAUUAUAGAGGAAGUCGCGAUGGCGAAGUCUUCUCUGCAUCUGCAGAAUUUCUAUCAAGAGAGAUGCAGCAAUUAUCAGAAUUGCGGUAUGCAUGGUCUUCUGUACAGCACCAACGCGAAACUUUACAGACAAUAUACGGUUGUCACUCGGAACUCGUCAAGUCUUUGGCGAGUAAUCCGAUGCGGUAUAGCCCUGUCUUCCAUUUGGAGGACUUCUUUGAUCGGUAUAACGAUCUUGGACAAUUUGUCGACGGGGCUCAUAUCUCCUUUGCCGACAUACUUGUCGAUCCAACGCAGGAACCCUACACAGGACAUGAUCUCUAUGCACCCCGCCCUGGCAGACCAUCUGAAACUCCCGGACCCGCGACUAAUGGGAAGCGCAAGGCCUCUUCUGCCUCACGCAGGAAACAUAUCGACCUUAAAAUCGCACACCGGAAUUCUCAUCCUGAAAAUUCCUUGAUUUCACCCGAUAGCACGAUACGCGAAGGCGAUCGAAAAAGGACAUUAGAUGGGAAUUUAGCAAUGCAGCAGCCGCACACUGCGUUGGACCCGCCACCUUUAACACCAUUUUCUCACACUACCAGUAUACCGAAUCUUUCACAAACACCAUUCUCACCCCCCUACACAUUUAACUCGUUGAACCCGCCUGAAAACUACGAUCCGAUGUUUGGCAUGCCUCAGAUGGGCUUUGGAUAUGGCAAUGGGAUGGGUACAGCUGCCCCAGCGAUCGGAGAGGGAAUGACUCCUGGCGGAAGGAGUAAUGGGGAGCAUAGCAGUAACAAUGGCGCCAGCGGCGAUGAAAAAGACCCUUUUCUCAGUCUUCUCGAGCAAUUAGCAGAGAAUGAACAUAGCCGUGGCGGGCCGAGUGAGCUGGAUUUCUUUCUCAGCGGCGGGAAUAGUUGA